GGGGUUGCAUUACUUUUAGACCAGCGAAGUAAUAGUCUUCGCUGGAGGUUUGACAGUGAGGGGCAAGAAAAGACUAAAAGGUUGCGUUUGCUGCAAACUGGAUUCUUUUGCGUUUCUUUGAUCAAACAUUCGCAGAAAGGGGGACAAAUUCUAGUAGAAGGCUUCUUUGACUAUUAUGGCUGGCAGCACCAACAGAACUGUGCACGAAAUCUUUCAAAGCAUGGAAUAUGGACCAACAGAAAGUUCAAACACUGCCACUGCACAGGCUUGGCUAGCUCAUCAUUCCCGCUCUCUUGGUUUGUUCCUCAAUGGCAAGUUUGUCCUUCCAGCAAACAGACAGACACACUCUCUCGUGAAUUCAAAAGGUGUUCAAGUCUGUAGUACAGUGUGUGCCGAGGAGGAGGAUAUUUCGCAGUGUGCCUCUUCUUCUGUGAAUGGAUUUGAUUCUUGGAGUCGUCUGAACUGUCAGCAGAGGGCUAAAGUCCUGCUCAGAUUGGUGAGUGUCCUGGGUCAGCAUGCAGUCUGUGUCUCAGAGCUGUGUGAGCUGUGUGAAGCUCCCUGCUCUCCCUCCUCUUUGGUCAGACUGCUGCAGUACUACGCCAGCUGGGCUCAGCUCAGAGACACUCUUCUCACCGGAUGGACAUCACUUGGAGUGGUGGAGGUAGCUUGCUCCGAUGAAUGUUCGCUCUAUUCUCUUAUGACCAAAGUCCUGCCAGCUCUAGCUAUGGGUAACUCUGUCAUUAUUGUCCCUGGACACAGCACUGCCCCUGCUGCACUCUUAUUGGCUCAGCUGUUCAUAGGGGCAGGACUACCUGCUGGAGCUCUAAACGUUUUAACAGGAAGUGACAUGUCACUUUGUGCUCAAGUGGCCCAGAACCUGAGCAUUAGCUAUGUCACCUACAGUGGCAACAAGCAGGAUGGAGUGAAUCUUUGUAAAGCCACUGCUGCUUUUGGCAUUCCUGUCUCUGUUUCUGCAAGUAUAGGUGCUACAUGUCCCUUUAUAAUCUUUGAUACAGCAGACAUUGAUAGUGCUGUGGAUGGAGUAAUUGAAGCUGCUUUUAAGAAGAAGAAAGAGGUUCACUGGGUCUUGUUGGUCCAGGAGAGUGUGCUGAACAAUGUCAUGGCCCGUCUGAAACUGCGAAUGACAGGAAUGAAGAGUGUUCCAUUGGCCUCUGAUGGAGUGAGAGCCCUGGUUGAUGCUGUAGUACAGGAGGCUCUAAAGCAGGGGGGCACGCUGAUUCAUGCCUGUGAGCCUGCUCCCACUGGUGCGCUGUACCCCCCCACUGUGCUCUGUGGGACAGCCCCAUCUUCUCCGUGUCUGGUCAGUCCACCUCCAGGACCACUGCUGCCUCUCAUGACAUUCAGGACUAACACAGAAGGGGUCACUGUGGGGAAUCAUAGCCCCCAUGGUUUGGCAGCUUCUAUUUGGACGGAGGACCUCACACUGGCUCUGGAGACCGCAAAGAGUUUGUCUGUAGGGUGUGUAUGGGUGAACUCCCACUCUUUCUUUGACCCCUGCAUGCCUGUAUCUGGGCACAAAGACAGUGGAACAUGCACUGAUGGAGGUCAGGAGGGUUUGUACCAUUUCCUAAGACUGUCCUCUUCCAAAACUCCAUUUCCUCGAAAAACACAUGUUUUUUUUGACUAUGAUAAAUUUGGAGUUGCUGCCCCUACAACUAUCAUUCCAGAUGAUUCCGAUCCUGCCAGUGCUCCAAAGAUAUAUCAACAGUUUGUUGGAGGAAAGACCUGUAAAUCUUUAUCUGGAGGCAGUGUAGCUGUGCAGUCAGCAGAUGGCACCAAACUGUUGGCAUACUGUCCAGAUGGAAGCAGGAAGGAUGUCCGGAAUGCAGUGGAAACGGCAACCAAAGUCCAACCUGGUUGGGUGAAAAAAAGCCUGUCGGCCCGUUCCCAAUCGCUGUACUCUUUGGCAAAAGGCCUAGAAGCAAAGAAAAAAGACUUUGUGGCUUCUUUGAGUACACAGAUGGGUGUGUCAGCAGAGAGUGCUGACAGUGAAGUGGAGCUUAGCAUCGCUAGGCUCAGUGAUUGGGCAGCUUUCUGUGACAAAAUGCAUGGUGGCACUCUGCCUGUGCCACAUUCAGGCUCUGCUCUCUCUAUUCCUGAUCCCCUUGGAGUCCUUGGGAUUGUCCUUCCUGACAAAAGGCCUCUCCUCUCCACUGUGACCCUCCUGGGAGCUGCCAUCGCCACAGGCAACGCUGUUGUCAUGGUGCCCAGUCAAAAGUAUCCCAUACCAACACUGAUGCUUAUUCAGGUGCUGCAGUCCUCUGAUCUUCCUCCAGGCCUAGUCAGCAUUAUCACUGGCAGUAAGGACCAGCUGACUGUGGCUCUGGCCAACCACAGUGUCAUCAAGGGCAUCUGGUACUGGGGCACUGCUGAGGGCUGCCACUACCUCCAGAACAAGUGCACCAGCCCUUUCAAGACCCUGCUUUGUCAGAGGGAAGAUGAGGAUGAUGAAUGGAACCAGUGUGACCUGGCCUUCCUGGAACACAAGUGGAGAAGUGCAGUUCAGUGGAAGAGUGUGUGGCUUCCAACUGCCUGAGGUCCCAGAGCCUGACACACACCCAAUAUGAAGGACACAGUCAAUGAAGACCUCAACAACUGCUUUCAAAUCAAAUGAGUGCUUUGAAUAUUCUGUUAACAAAUAGAAGGCUUAAUUUCUUCUGUUGGACUGUGAACCAAAACAAGAGGAAGUGAAACAACCAUUACGUAAGAGUGUACAAAUAUUGACCAACAACAUUUUUGUCUUAAACUUUGUUUUAAACUGGGUUGUUAUGUACAGUUAAGUAGAUAGUUACUGAUGGUAGAAAAAGGUUUCAAAUGUAGUCAUCUGGACUAUGUUUUUGAAAUCAAUUACAUUAUAUUGACAACAGAGUAAACAGAUUUUCACUAUGGAAGCUUCAUUUUAACUGUACUGUAAAACAAUGGUAUUUUUUAAUAAUUUCAAUAUUGUAUGUCUUAAAACCCUGUGAAACAUUAUGUUGGUCAUACAGUUUGAGAAAGCAGACAGGAGAAGUUAGUCAUUAGCCUUUUUAAAGUGGUACUGUGAGCCAGAUAAAGUUAGUAAUUUUCCCACCAUAUAAAGCUGCAUCCAAAUGUAAUGUUCUAGAAAUAUUUCCAAUUAAACAAUUUUGGUUUGGUCAGAU